CUAACACGCUUUGGAGUCAUCAAACGCACACGCGGGAAACCAACUACAAACAAAGUAAAAGACAACAAAGACCCUGAAAACAAAAGAGACGGAAAAGACGCUGAGAACACAAAGAAAAUCAUACAUUCUUUCCAGCCAUAACUGCUGGAAACCAUAAUCUGAUUGUAUGUAUUGUAUACGGAACAUAGCUAAAUAAACAUAUCACAAUUGUCACUUGAUGUGCAAAGUUUCUUUCUACAUAGUGGGUUGUCAAUGAUAAAUCCACAAUUGAUGACGCCGACGUGAUUUUUGUGCAUCAAGAGUUUCUACUGAAAGAAAAACAUAUCGGCGUCAGCUAUCCUGCCUUAUCAUAAAACACGAGAACAUACUGAACAAACGAAUCAAAACAACAACGUACAAGAAACGCCACUAAACACUUCGACAAUAUCGUCUAUCCCAACAGCGUCAAUGACAGGAACAACAGCAGAAAAUAUUUCUGGUAUGCAGAACCUACCCAUUUAUAAUCAACUACUAGUUCUCGAUAACAUACUGCGUGACAAUUAUCACUCGAUAAGUCAACCCAAAUUGAUGGCAUUCACCAAAACUCGACCGGAUCUCUGGUUCAUUAUGGCUGAAGCUAAAUUCGCUAUUCAUGGAAUCAUCGAUGAUAAAGUUAAAUACCUGACGGUCCUUAAGGCCCUUGACCACGACACGAUCGAGCAGAUUUCAGACAUAAUACGACAGGAGCCAACUACAGAUAAGUACAAAACUCUCAAAAACGUGAUAAUCUCACGACUCUCUGAUUAUAGACAAAACCAAGUAAAAAAACUUUUAUGUGAGACAACGCUUGCAAAUAAAACACCUUCUCAGCUAUUGCGACAAAUGCGCGAAUUAGCUGAUGGUUCCGCUGAUGAUACUAUAUUGCAUCAACUUUGGCUUGAACGAAUACCAGCACAUAUCAAACCGCAUCUGAUUACCACAAGUCAAUUUCCGCUUGAUACUAUAGCCGAGUUUGCGGACCGUUUUUAUGAGCUGAUGCCCUAUGAUCAACAGAAUAAUCAGGUCAUGGCAACUUCUGCACGCUAUCCUGUAUCACCGACUCUUCAGGACAUUGACUCAAAGCUCAUGGAAAUUCAAAAAUCUCUUAUUACGUGUAUGAUGGAAAUCAAUGAGUUAAAAUUACAGCAACAAAACACACAACAACAAUUACAACAACUCACUUUACUGAAACAACAAAACCAACAACUGCAGGCUCAACAAUUUCCGAUGCACCAUAAUCGCAGCAGAACAAGAUCACUGACACCUACAUGCAAUGACAUCUGCUACUAUCACCAAAGGUUUGGCAGCGAAGCAAAACGCUGUAUCUUACCUUGUAAAUUCGCCUCAACAACCAAACUAACAACAAAUCAGGGUAACUAAUGUCGCUUUCUUCAGUUGGGGUAGUGCAAUACAGCUUUCAAAGUUAUUCACAAUUUCUCACAUACUAGCGGCAGGACCACAUUAAAUAAUAUUUAAUUACAUCUAAAUUUACGCGAAAAAUACAUUUGACCUGAAAUCCAUAAGGACGCACUUAAAUGGUCUAGAAAAUGUCUUGCUUGUCAAGGAGCAAAAAUUCAUCGUCACAACAAGAUCAAGCCAGACCACAUAGGCGUAUCUGAUAACCGCUUCAAUCAUAUUCACUUGGACAUCAUUUUUCUACCGAAGAUCAAAGACUACCAAUAACUGUUUAACCUUUAUUGAUCGUUUCACCAGAUAGUCCGUAGGGGCUAUUAUAAUCUCUGAAGGACAUUAUAACGGAUACCAUUGUUACUGUACUAUACGAACAUUAGAUCUGUCAUUAUGGUACACUAAUAAAAAUUACAACCAAUCAAGAAACUCAAUUCGAGUUAGCGCUUUUCUAAGCUCUCGCUCAACUCGUGGGAGCAACAAAAAUUCGGACGACAUCCUUACCAUCCUCAAUCCAAUGGAAUUGUAGAGAGGAUGCACAAGACUCUCAAAGCAUGAUGAUGUGUUCCCCUAAACCAUGGACGGAGAUUUUACUUACAGUAUUAUUAGGUUUAAGAACCAGCUUUAAACCUAACAUCCAAGCCACCCCAGUUGACAUGCUAUAUGGUACUUGCUUACGUGUACCAGGCGAAUUCUUCGUCAUUGCUGAACAACAAUCUGAGCCACAUAUCUUCUUGGAGAAACACAGAGAAUUCAUGCGUAGACUUAGACCUGCACUGACUGCUCAAUACAACAAAGCCAGAAUUUUUAUUCUAAAAGAUCUUGACACCCGUUUUUAUAUAUUCCUGCGCUAUGAUCAUGUGAAAGCUCCAUUAGAAGCACCGUACAUUGGUCCACAUAAGGUUAUAGACCGAAUAAGUGAUCGGGUAUUUAAAAUUAACAUCAACGAAAAAGAGAAAAACAUUUCAAUAGACAGAUUGAAGCCUGCAUACAUCAGCAAGACCGACAAUGAUCAACCAGAUUCUUCAACAUAUCAACAAAACCCAAUCACAUCACUGAGGUUCCAUUGCAGAUAAACCUUAAACGAACUUACACACGUAAAGUUAAUUUCAAAUUUCCCGCAGAAACUCAUUCAGGGAGGAGAAAUGGCUGUGGCGACUUCGUCGCGACUGUUAUGCCUCUUCCGGCAAAACAUAUAACUAACAUGUCUCGGUGCCACCAAACACACACGCGGAAAACCAACCAAAUAAAGUAAAAAACAAAGGAAACGAAAAAGACGGCAGGAACACAAAAAAAAUCAUACAUUCUUUCUUCGAUUUAGAGGCCAUUUAGAGGCCAUAGCCAUAUGCUGGAAGUCAUAGUCUGAUUGUAGCUACUGUAUACCGAACAUAGCUAAAUAAACAUAUCACAAUUGUUA